UGUGAAGUUUCAAUGUAGCUUUUUUCGUUUUCGUUCGCAGCUUUGUCUUAAACUUUGACUGACAUUUGUAUAUGAUAUAGUUGAUGCCAUUGGUAGUCGGUAUUUGAUUGUUGAUAGAGUUCAUUGACGUUUGUGGUUGGUAUGGUGAGGAGAGCAAAUGCUCUAACCGGAUUGGCUGAUGAAGGCCUCAUGGAUUCGUCUGCUGAAACGAGCAACGGGGACUCGAGUAAAGAACAACAUCGGUGGUUCGGCAGACUCAUACACCAGUCGUCCAUCUGACUCUGAUGUUUCUCUGGAGGAAGAUAAAGAGACCCAGCGCAGAGAAGCUGAGAGACAAGCUCUGGCCCAGAUCGAGAAAGCCAAGUCUAAACCAGUGGCAUUCGCAGUACGCACUAAUGUCAGCUACAGCGCCUCCCUUGAAGAUGACGCCCCUGUGCUUGGAAUGGCCGUUUCGUUUGAGGCCAAAGACUUUCUUCAUGUUAAAGAAAAAUUUAAUAACGACUGGUGGAUUGGUCGUUUAGUGAAAGAAGGGUGUGAUAUCGGGUUCAUCCCGAGUCCGGUGAAGCUGGAAAACACUCGCUUUCGUCAGGAGCACCGUACAAAACAAGGCAAAUUUUAUUCAAGUAAAUCAGGGGCAAAUUCUUUAUCUAGUUUAGGAGACGUGGUCACAAACUCACGGAAAUCAACUCCACCCUCCUCGGCUGUGGAUAUAGACGCGGCUGGUUUAGAUCCAGAGGAGAAUGACACUUCUCCCCAACAGCGUUCUCCUAAAGCCAGUCCAAACACAGUCAUAUCCCCUUUAGCCCGUGAGAAACGAAUUCCUUUCUUUAAGAAGACAGAGCAUGUUCCUCCGUAUGAUGUGGUGCCCUCUAUGAGACCCGUGGUGCUGGUGGGACCCUCCCUCAAGGGAUACGAGGUGACAGACAUGAUGCAGAAAGCUCUGUUUGACUUUCUGAAGCACCGGUUUGAGGGGAGGAUUUCCAUCACGCGUGUCACAGCUGAUAUUUCUCUGGCCAAGCGCUCAGUGUUGAACAACCCCAGUAAACACGCCAUCAUCGAGCGCUCAAAUGCACGCUCCAACUUAGCGGAGGUACAGAGUGAGAUCGAGAGAAUAUUUGAGCUGGCUCGGACAUUACAACUGGUUGUUCUAGACGCGGACACAAUAAACCAUCCGGCUCAACUGGGAAAGACCUCUUUAGCUCCUCUUAUUGUCUACGUCAAGAUCACAUCUCCAAAGGUUCUUCAGAGGUUAAUCAAGUCUAGAGGGAAGUCUCAGGCCAAACAUCUCAAUGUUCAGAUGGUGGCAGCAGACAAACUGGCACAGUGCCCAUCUGAGCUGUUUGACAUCAUUCUGGAUGAGAAUCAGUUAGAAGACGCCUGUGAGCACAUGGCUGAUUAUCUGGAAGCGUACUGGAAGUCCACUCAUCCUCCCAGUGUCAGUCAGACCACAGAGACGGACGCUCCCGCUGUCUGUCCUGAACCGCCGUCUAAUGCACAACUAAAGGCUGCAGGGGGUGAUCAGAAGACAGAGAGACCGGUGGGCGACCGGAGGGGAGUUCUUGAAGACCAUCAUCAUCAUCAUCAUCACCACCAAUCUCAGAGGCAAACAAGUUUAGAACAACCACCAGAUGACGAUAUGGACGAGAGGGAGACUAAAGCCAACAGAGAUCAACAACAGCUCCAAACACAUCACACACACCACCCAUCUUCAUCCACACGGACUGAACGCCACAAUCACCAUAACCAUCAGCACAACAGACAUCAUCACCACCACCACAAUCGGACAGCGCAGACACUUUCCCGACAAGAGACGCUGGAGAGCAGGGAGUCCACUUACAAUGAGCAUUCCCACGGACACUCGCAAACACACCGAACAGAAGAGGAAGAAGAGCAGAUGCUUCGACCAAACCAUCAUCAUCAUCAUCAUCAUCACCAUCAUCGUUGCAGAGAGAAAGAGAAGGAAUACGACUACAACGAGAGGAACAGCAGGCAAAGAGGACCACUGAGAUCUCAGCGAGAACAUCAGCACGAGAGACAGGACAGGAAACGAGGAGAAACCGAGUGGACGAGAGACCAUUACAUAGAGCAGUGACACAAACACACAUGAAUAAAACCCUGCCAUGCACACACUCUAAUGUGGACCUCCUCCACGGUCCUUGAUUUGCCUCAUAUCAACGUGUUUUUAAAGAACAAUAUGAUCGUUACAAGUCAAAGGUUUGGACACAUCUACUGAUGCUUUAUUAACUAUAAUUACUAUUUUGAUAGAGAUGGGAAUUGUAGUUUCAUUACGAGUUCUUUUAGUACUUUUGAGGAGGAAAUAUUUGGAAAUAAUGAAUGGAAUUAAUAUUGGAUUUGUGAUGUGACUACUUCAUGAAACCGACAGAUAUUUUAUUUCAAACUUGUCCCAAAAGAUCGGAGCGCAUAUAAAACUGGCCAAGUCACGUGAUUUCUGCAAACGAUGCGUCCAUCGAGCUGUUUCGAAACGUUUCAAAGCGUCGCCGGUUUGGAUGGAGCUAAAACAAUGAUUGAAGGAUUUAAAUCUGAUAUUUGUCCAUUUGAAUUCUUGACAUGCGGCACUUAAAACUGAACUUUUUUUGUGGUGAAUUUUCUACAUUUGUAUUUUUAAACAUCAUAUUUUUGGUUUAGAAUUUUUCUGAGGUGGAUUUAGCUGUAAAAAAUAAUAACAAUUUAUUGUACAAAUACAGGUUCAUAUUUAAAAAGUCAAAUCUCACAUUUAGACUGUACCGCCGCUCCCAAUAAGCAGAUUAUGCAGUCUGCGUAGGGCACUAACUCCCUAGAAGGGCACCAGAAAGUCCACCGGCUGCCCUUACCGUGCGUUCGGACCAGAGGCGGCGAGAGCGUCAAAAUUCGCUCUGGCUGUCC